CGCAUCCCGGCCAGUCAACCCGCAGUGGGUCCAUCGGUGAAGGAAAACGACGCGUUCGUUCCGCGCGCACCACAGGCAGGCCUCGUGUUGCGCAGAGCAGCAGCUGCUGGCACCAUGUCGCAGGAGGAGGACGGCAAGAAACAGCGCUCCUCGCCGGACGUGGCGGCAGCAGUGGAGCUGGCAGUGGAGUCGGCAGAGGCAGUGCCGCAGCGCAGAAGAAGCGGCAGCAAACGAGGGGCCUGCGAGGAGCUGCCCUGCAACAGAAUGGGAGACAUCUGGGUCCAGUGCUUCGCAUGCUGCGUGACUGAGCAGCCCGCUCCGAAGCGACGGCGGCGAAUCGACCGCUCCAUGAUCGGCAACCCGACAAACUUUCAGCACACGGCUCAUGUUGGCUCUGGCGACAUGAAUGUUCAUCUCAAUGCGCUCCAGAACCAGAUGGCCUCCAAGGGUGGCUACGAAUAUGCGCUUCCAGUGAAUGUGUCGAUCCCCGUGGUGGACGUUCAGCAGUGACCUCGUGUGGGGGCCACACCUCGGCCCCGGACGUGCGUGCGUGUUCCCCUGGUGGUGUGAUGACGGCGGACUCACCAGACGGCGGCCACUUGUGAUGAUGCCAGAUGGACCAAAGGCUUCGCUCCUCUCCUUGACCCCCAUCCUCCCCCUCGCCCCCUUUUUAUUUAGCUGCCGCAACUUGUACCAGUGUGGAUGGCACUGAGCAAUCACUGAUUGGGCCAUGCAUUUUAUUUAGUAGGAGCACUGGCGCAGGGACUCGUUGAUCUGAUGCCCGCACGUGAACGGUUUGCGCAUCCCAGCCACAUCAAGCCCGAGUGGAAAGUGCACCCUCGGUUCUUAGGCAAUGAGAGAAGCAAAAUUGUUUACCACAAGGAGACUCGACGGCAAGCCUAUGCGCAGAAGCCUUUUUAUUAGCCUUUUUUUUUUUUUUUAACUGUCUUUUCACAGCAGCACCUUUUAGGACACUUUGUCACACACAGGUUGUUUAGAUGAGCGCAUUGUGUAUAUAGAAGCGGGUCAUGUUGCAGGAGUCCUUUUUCCCCCUCUCACCUCCCUUUGUAGUGUGUGCGUGUCAUGGAUGUAGCCAGAGCCAGGUUGGGCUGCAGUGUUUUUUUUUUUUAAAGGAAAUGACCUACGCAGGAUUGGAAGCGUUUGUAACGGCUAGUAUUUAAUGACUGCAGGCAAGCACUGUUUACGUGCAAAGAUGGAUAAAGAAUUUUAUCUGAGUGGAAAAAUGGACAAGCACUGCCAAUGUGCAAGAAGUGAAUAAAAAAAUGUGUUUAUCUACGAAAA